AUGCCCCUCUCGUGUCGCUUCUACAAGGAAAAGUACCCCGAAGUGGAGGACGUCGUCAUGGUGAACGUCCGCGCCAUAGCCGAGAUGGGCGCCUACGUCCAUUUGCUGGAAUACAACAACAUCGAAGGCAUGAUACUGCUCUCCGAGCUGUCGCGGCGGCGCAUCCGGUCGAUCAACAAGCUGAUCCGCGUGGGCAAAACGGAGCCCGUGGUGGUCAUCAGGGUGGACAAGGAGAAGGGCUACAUAGAUCUGUCGAAGCGUCGGGUGAGCGCCGAAGACGUGGAGAAAUGCACCGAGCGAUUCGCCAAAGCCAAAGCCGUCAACUCCAUAUUGAGGCACGUGGCUGAAUUGCUGAAGUACGAGUCCGACGAGCAGCUCGAGGAGUUGUACCAGAAGACGGCGUGGCACUUCGAGGAGAAGUACAAGAAGAACAAGGCCAGCGCUUACGAUUUCUUCAAGCAGGCCGUGCUGGAUCCGAGUAUAUUGGCUGAAUGCGAACUGGACGAGAAGACUAAAGAGGUGCUGUUGAGCAACAUUAAGAGGAAAUUAACAUCGCAGGCUGUGAAAAUUCGAGCGGAUAUCGAGUGUGCUUGUUACGGCUACGAAGGUAUCGAUGCAGUGAAAACCGCUUUGAAAGCCGGUUUAGCGCUCUCCACCGAAGAAUUACCCAUUAAAAUCAAUCUUAUAGCACCCCCUUUGUACGUUAUGACUACCUCGACACCGGAGAAACAGGACGGACUGAAAGUUUUGAGCGAAGCCAUCGAGAAGGUGAAAGCGACUAUAACGGAAUUAGGAGGAGUAUUCAACGUACAAAUGGCUCCUAAAGUGGUGACUGCCACGGACGAAGCGGAAUUGGUGAAGCAAAUGGAACGGGCCGAGUUAGAAAACGCGGAAGUGGCCGGUGAUGAUGAUGAGGAACAGGACGAGGGACAGAUUUACAGCGAUGAUGAGAAGGACGAGAAGGAAAAUUCGGCGGGCGAAGGGGACGAGGAAUAA